AUGGAUCGUACUUGGAUGUACAAUAGGGUACAUGAAAAUAGACGCAGAUUGAAAGAGGAGUAUGUUAGUGGUGUUAAAGAUUUUGUGAAGAGGGUUUUGAAACAACCGAUUUGUAUAUCUGAGGGAGCGAUAAGGUGUCCGUGUAUAAAAUGCAAGUGUAUGAAGAUAUCUGCAGCAACUACUGUUAGACUUCACUUGUACCAGGAUGGAUUUCAACCAGAUUAUUGGAUUUGGACUGAACACGGAGAAGUGAAGCCAAUAGUUGAAACAAGGGGAGGUUCGACUAGUAAUAGGAUUGUGCAUCACGACGACCAAUUUAAUGCAAUGGAUGAAAUGGUGUUUGAUGCUUUUAGGCCUUAUCGAGAUGUCCUUGAUGUGAACACUAACAUGGGAAAUGGCACAUUUGCUGAGGAUGAGUUGCCUAACGAAGAUGCAAAACGAUUUUAUGACAAGUUGAUAUCCACCAACAAGCCCAUCUACGAGGGGGCUUCCCAAUCAAUGUUAUCAAUAUGUGUUCAACUUCUAGCAAUUAGGUUUAAUUGGCAUGUUCCACAAAAAGGGUUGAAGGUUGAGAAGAUUGACUGUUGUAAGAAAGGAUGUAUGUUAUAUUACAAGGAUGAUAACAAGUUAUCUGAGUGCAAAAAAAUUCAUUCUCCUAGGUUCAUUCCACGUAGGACUGGAAUGGGAAAAUACAAAGAUGUUCCAGCAAAAAGAAUGUUUUAUUUCCCUAUCAUUCCUAGAUUACAAAGAUUGUAUGCAUCAACUGAGUCUGCAGCUGAAAUGAGAUGGCAUCAUGAGAAUAAAAAGAGUUCAAACGUCCUUCGCCAUCUGUCUGAUGGAAAAGCGUGGAAACAUUUUGACGAUGUUUAUCCUGACUUUUCUAGUGACCCCAGAAAUACAAUUAAUGAUUUUCCCGCCUAUGGUAUGUUAUCUGGAUGGGGAACACGAGGUAAGUUGGUAUGUCCUCAUUGUAUGGAAGACACAAAAGCUUUCACUUUGAAAUAUGGCGGUAAGAAUUCUUGGUUUGAUUGUCAUCGUCGAUUCUUGCUAGCUAAUCACUCUUUCAGAAGAAGUAAAACAAGUUUUACAAAAAAUAGGGAUGAGAAAAAUGGUCAACCUUACAUUUACACAGGGCAAGAGAUAUCGGAUGUGGUGAGUAAUUUUCCAAAAGUGACUGAAAUUGGUUGGAAAAAGAAAUUGAAUUGGUAUGGAGUGAUUCAUAAUUGGAAAAAACAAAGUAUUUUUUGGGAUCUUCCAUAUUGGAAGGAUAACUUGUUAAGGCACAACCUCGAUGUGAUGCACAUAGAGAAAAAUGUCUUCGAUAAUAUAUUUAACACUGUUAUGAAUGUUAAAGGUAAAACAAAGGAUAAUGAAAAGGCGAGAAAAGACUUGUCUUUAUUAUGCUUUCGCGGGGACUUGGAGAUGCAAGUCUUAUCUAACGGAAAGAUGGGUAAACCAAAGGCAAAUUACACUUUGACAUCAUCAGAUGCCAAGUUGGUUUGUAAAUGGCUUAAGGAUUUGAGAAUGCCUUAUGGCUAUGCUUCAAACCUUGCUAGGUGUGCCGAUGUUGAGAAGGGUACGAUACAUGGGAUGAAGAGUCACGACUGUCAUGUUUUCAUGGAAUGUUUACUCCCAAUUGCAUUUCAUUCCUUGCCAGAAUUUGUUUGGAAACCAUUAACCGAGCUAAGUCAAUUCUUCAAGGAUCUUUGUUGCAAUACAUUGAGAUGUAUGGGAGUCUCAAAGCGGGCAGUGACAAAUAAGGCUAGGGUUGAAGGCUCCAUAUGCGCCGACUAUAUACAACGCGAGACAACUUAUUUUUGUUCUCAUUAUUUCAAGUCAUUCAAUUUGUUGCCGACCACAAAUUUAAGUAAUAAUCGUCAUUUAGAAUGUGAUGAUCUCCAACCUUCACUAUCCAUCUUGCUGAAACGAGGUCGACCUAGUGGGAAGUCUAGAACACAUUAUCUAACAGAUAACGAAUGGAAAUCUGAUCAAGUACACGUGUUGAUUAAUUGUGAUGAAAUUAAACCAUAUCUUGACUUAUUCUUGGAGAAUCACUCAAUCAAUGAAGAAGACGCAUCUAGACGUAUACAUGCAGAGUUUCCCAUAUGGCUGAAAGCAUAUGUAAAUAACGAGGCAAAUGAAGUGACCAACAAAGACAUAAUAGCACUAUCUCGUGGUCCUUCAUCAAUGGCAAUAUCUUGGAACAUUUACUUUGUUAACGGGUACACUUUUCACACUAAGGCCUACAACAUUGAUAAAAAGACAAUCAAUAGUGGGGUGCAUGAGAAGGUUGCAUUAUUUUAUUGUGAAUGGUUUGACCCAACAAAAAAUAGGGGUACAAAGAUUCAUCCACAAUAUCAAAUUGUUGAUAUUAAGAUGGAUAAACGUUAUCGUCCUUAUGAUCCUUUCAUCCUGGUGCAAAAAGCAAGACAAGUGUAUUAUGUCCCUUAUCCAGAAAUGUGUAGAGAUAAGCGUGGAUGGUGUGUGGCAAUUACCACAAAAUCAAAGGGUCACGUGGAGAUUGACAACACAAAGGAUGAAAUGUCUUAUCAAUCUGAUGGGAUGUCACAUGUUCUACCAAUUGCAGAAAUAGAAUCCAUAUCUUGUUUACGUGACAACUCACAAGUAGAUUUGUUCGAAGAAAUUUUUGAUUGA